AUGCUGUACAUCUUAGGUAUCUCAUUGGGUGGUAAAAGGAUCAAAAAUAGUCAAAUAAUAAUAAGUGUCAAUAAGAUGGAUAAAGCGAGUCUUAACACAUCAGAUAAUCACAAUGUGAUUGAAUGCAUUCAAAGCAAUGAUGAAAAGACAGUUCAAAUUCAGACAUAUAAGUAUCGAUGGAUCAUACUUAUGUUAUAUGGCAUCACAAUGGCAUCUACUGGCAACAUAACAUGUUGCUUAUACAACAUCACAGACUUGGUGUGUGAAUACUAUGGUAUAUCAGAAUCAUCUUUAUUUCUUGCUUCAACAAUAGGUAAUGCGAUUACUGUGGCUACACUAAUUCCAGCUACUUUUUUACCAUCACGUUAUGGCUUGCGCACAGCAGUGAUGGUUGGGUCCGGCAUACUUGCUGUUGGGGCAGCAUUUUUUGUUCCAGCCAGUACAAAAAAUGGUUAUGUUUGGUUUAUUGUUAGUCAAACAUGUUUUGGAACAGCUACUGGAAUAUUGUUUCAGUUGGCUCCUGAUAUUUCAGCUGUAUGGUUUCCUACAAACCAACAUACUCUAGCUACCAGUAUAAAUUUUCAGAUGCAGAGUUUCGGUGUGGGGAUUAGUUACUUAUUAACAAUGUUUUUGUUCAAUAAUGCCAAAACUUUGUCCAAGUUUACAAUUCAGAAUCGGUUGAAAAUUCUUAUGUACACCGAAAGCACGAUAUGUAUAUUGGUGUUUUUUUUUAAUUUAAUUUUUUUCAAGAAUCUUCCAAAGCUACCUCCUUCUAUGUCACAAGCAAAAAGAAGUGGCCCUGGAAAUAUUCCUUUUUGGGAAAGUAUUCAGUCGCUAAAAAUUAUUUGUAGAAAUUGGAAAUUUGGCGUGUUAGGGUUAGCAUUUUCCUUUAACUUUGCAUUUGGGUAUGCCUAUCCAUUGAUAAACAACAGUUUGAUAACUCCGAAUUAUGCAAAUGGUGAAUUGCUUGUAAGCAUAUGUGGUAUUUUUGUGGUGUUAUGUAGUGCUAUAGGAACUCUUUUGUUUAGCAUGCUGUUAGAUAAAACUCAUCAAUAUAAAACGCAACUUAUUGUUCAAUUGGUUGUAUCGUUAGUGCUAAUGGUAGUGUUUUCUGUGUUACUUAUUCAUAUGUAUUCAUUUUAUAUUGUGUGUGCCAUAAUUGUUGUGUGUUGGUUCUUCUUUUAUUCUACUCAAAGUAUAAUAGUGGAGAUCAUAGCAGAAGUUACUUACCCUGUGAAUAACAGUACAGCAUUGGUUUUGUGUGUUGUAAUAGGUCUUCUACUUGGGACUUCAUUGACUCAACUAUCAGGAUGGUUUGCUGAUAGGAAUCAAACAGAUGUUAUUUGUUGGAUUCUUAUAGGAAGCAUAGCUGUUCAAAUCUUGUUGGUAUGGGGUGUUAAAAUUGACAAAAAACGCAGUCUGAUGGAUUCGGACACCUGGCUACUUAUAAGAAUGGUUUGUAUUGUUUUUGUUGUGCAAAUAGCAUCUGAAUUUCCACAGUCACUCACUCUCAUUAUAUUUGAUCAAUUAAGGCUGCAAAAACUGAACCAAACCAAAGGUUGA